CCCGCUUCAAUAUGGCGGAUGAUUUGGAUGAACUGCUGGAUGAGGUGGAAUCAAAGUUCUGCCGCAGUGUUUCACUGUCAUCACCAUCUCAUUCCACUUGUAAAGAGGAUGGAAGCCAGUUGCCACAGACCAAAAGAAAAGCAGAGGGGAAAGGCGGGACACGCGGUUCUGCUGGCCAAGAACCACAUAAAAACCCCGAGGACGAAGAUAUUGAUGCUCUUCUUGAGGACAUAUUUGACGAUGAGCAUGAUUCUGUCGACAUUAAUAUGCCCAAAGCCACUCAGACUCACAUUAAGAAUUCAUUGCCACAACCAGCAAGUAGAAGAUGUUUUCCAGUUUUUCUCGGUGGGAGCUCUGUAGCAACUGGUGUUGGAACAAGUACGUCGCAAAGGGCUUGCAGUCGUCUGAGGUGCACUUCCUGUGACUUCUGCGUGGCCACGUUCGACGAUCAAGAGUGGGACCCUUCCUGUGAUUACCUCUUUUUCAGGAACAACAUGCCCGACCGGGAGAGGCUGCAGGCCAAGCUGAAGAGGAAGAGGGGCUCCCGCGCCUACGCCUGCCAGUGCAGCUGGUACUCGGCCGUCACCCUCACAGACCUGCGAGACCGCCAGGACCUCAAGUGGGUCUGCGCUAAGCAUGAGGCCUGACAGUUUCAUACCGUAUUUAGAGGGUCUGUAGG